AAGGUUUUGCAAAGCCUUGUGGAUGUUGUUGUUCAAUUCCUUUCUCACUGUGUUACAUAAAUAUUGUAAGUGAAACAUAAAACUCUUCGCUUUAAUGUCAGCUGCGAUUAUUGUGGCCGCUGUCGUCGGCGGUGGAAUACUGCUAAUUGUUCGCAGAAUGUUCCCCCGGAAGAAAGCGGUCGAGUUGCUCCGGUACCCGGCCGAUAUGAUGCGGGGAAAGACGGUCAUUGUGACCGGGGCGAACAGCGGCAUAGGGAAGGCCGCGGCCGGGGAGCUGCUCAAACUCCAGGCCCGGGUGAUUAUGGCCUGUCGGGAUCAGCAGAUGGCUGAGGAAGCAGCGCAGGACAUCAAGAAGCAAGCGGGGCCAGAGCACGGAGAGGUGGUGAUCAAACACCUGGACCUCGCCUCGCUUCAGUCUGUGCGGAGCUUUUGCGAGGAGAUCCUGAAGGAAGAACAACAAGUCGACGUGCUCAUCAACAACGCAGGCAUUUACCAGUGUCCCUACACGAAGACAGAGGAGGGGUUUGAGAUGCAGCUGGGGGUCAACCACCUGGGUCACUUCCUCCUCACCCACCUCCUCCUGGACCUCCUCAAGCGCUCCUCCCCCAGCCGCGUGGUGGUGGUCUCCUCCAAGCUCUACAAGUAUGGCAGCAUCAACUUCGACGACCUCAACAGUGAGAGAAGCUACAACAAAGCCUUCUGCUACAGCCAGAGCAAGCUGGCUAAUCUGCUCUUCACCCACCAGCUGGCCCGGCGCCUGGAGGAGGAGGGCGUCACGGGGGUAACGGUCAAUGCCCUCACCCCAGGCAUCGUGAGGACCAGGCUGGGCAGACACAUCCACAUCCCCUUCCUGGCCAAACCUCUCUUUUACCUGGCCUCGUUGUUCUUCUUCAAGAGCCCACUGGAGGGAGCUCAGACGCCACUCUACCUAGCGUGUUCACCCGACGUGGAGGGCGUGGCGGGGAAGUGCUUUGCUAACUGCGAGGAGGAGGAGCUGAUGCCCAAGGCGACAGACGAUCAGGCGGCCAAGAGACUGUGGGACCUGAGUGAGACCAUGGUGGGAAUAAAAACUCAAUAAGGGACCUGGGAGACCUGGGUUCCAGACUCUCUUAUAGAGACCAUAUGAGAGAUUUGCCCUGGAAAUCAAGUGAAUUGGGAGAUGAUUGAUUGAGACUUCUUGGGGUUUCAUUGGAACUGGGGUCAGUGGGUAAAGUCUCCACAAUUUUUAAUUAACCUCGGUGUGUGUGUGUGUGUGUGUGGGUGCGUGCGUGCAUGCGUGGGUCCGUGUGUGCACAUAUAAUUUUGUGAUGUGCAAAUGAGGUGUGGAUGGAGUGUGAGUGUGAUUGGAGGUGUGCAAUGUGCCUGUGAAAUGAAUGUGUAACUAAGUAUAUCCGUUCCCAUAGGAACCAGCUAUUCUAUCUUCUGUACUGUCUUCACCAGUGUUCACUGAAUCACAAGUUCACACAGUCAAAGUGGAGGGGAGCUAAUUCCCAGUAGCGAUUAUCAAAGGGGAGCUGAACUGUCAUAUUUGCUUUUACCGAGUGCGAACAUGAUUGGUUAUAGUGCUAUAGAAAUAUCUCCGGGGUGGUUUGAAAAGCCAACAGGUAUGUAGUACAGCAGCUGUAACUAAAUGCGAAGGCAGCUAAGCUCAUGCAUCCUGCAGCAGGCACUUGGCAGUAGAAAAAGGAAUAGGAGACUGGUUGUGUUGCGUUAACUAAUCCAGUUUUCCUCUCAUGAGGUGUUUGAAGUGUAAAUUCGUCACCUUCUGCUGUGACAGGAUGGACGGGAACAAUAAAGUUGACAAUGAGAUUCAGAUUCAGUCAGAUGAUGUUGAUGCUGUGGCGACUCCUUCCUCUGGUUAGAUGUUAUCUCUCAAGUAAUUCCCUUUUCGCUCCAGAGUGAGUGAGAGGGGGGAAUGUGUUUUGAAUGUCAAUGCGGAGGUAUGGCUAAUGCUAUGAAUUAUAUAGUCGAACAAAAUAGUCGACAAUCCAAAGAUAAUUUCUAGACACGUGUGUAUGUGCACACACACACAGUUUGAUUUGAAUGCUUUUAAAACCAUUACAGUGACA